CUGAUGCUGCCACUCCCCGCUCUGGCCUUCACGGGAGCGCGCCUUUACUCCUGCGCGCACUCCCGCUUUUACUACCGACGGGCUCGGACUCCGUGGGAGGAAGUUACUGAGAUUGGGAAACGGGCUGCAACUCCGAACCGGGAAAACAAAAACCCAAACUAAACUCAACCUGAGACGUGGAGGAGACUUUGUGGGAUUUACAUAUCUAUAUUUUUUAAUUAUCCAAAGUUUGGGAAUAUGGACUGAGUGGCGCAGAUGGAGGCGGCGAGAAGUUUGUUGCUGGUCGGGGCCGUUUUGCUGGGAGCGACCGGAGCUUGGAGCCGGGAAGUUUGUCUGGGAACGGACAUGAAGCUAGCUCUGCCCUCCAGCCUGGAAAAUCACUAUGAGACCCUGAGACUGCUCUACACCGGCUGCCAGGUCGUCCACGGCAACCUGGAGAUCACACACCUGAGCGGGAACCCGGACCUCUCCUUCCUGAAGGAAAUCGUAGAGGUGCAAGGUUAUGUACUCAUUGCACACGUCUCGGUGAGCCUGGUGCCUUUGGACAACCUUCGGAUCAUAAGAGGAAGCCACUUUUACAACUCCAACUAUUCGCUGGCUGUGCUGGACAAUCAGGGGCUGAAGACGCUUCGGCUUCGUAGCCUCAAAGAGAUCCUGUUGGGCGGGGUGUCUAUUUUGGGGAACCCCCAGUUGUGCUUCCCGGACCCAAAGAACAUCAUAUGGACGGACACUAUGGACGAACAGAACACCAAACCGCACCGCCUGCAGGCCCGAGCCCCCAACUGUCCAAGCUGUCAUCCUGCAUGUGGGAAGAACUGCUGGGGGGAAACCGAGCAGGACUGUCAAACACUGACCAGAAUAAACUGUGCGUCUGGCUGUCAGCGAUGCAAAGGUCCUCUUCCUAGCGACUGCUGUCACACGCAGUGUGCGGCUGGGUGCACCGGACCCAGAGACUCGGACUGUUUGGCGUGUCGUCACUUCAACGAUAGUGGAAUGUGCAAAGAGAACUGCCCCCCACCCAACUUCUACGACUCCGUCACCUACCAGAGCAAACCCAACCCCAACAAGAAGUUGAGCUUUGGAGCCACCUGCGUCAAGACGUGUCCCUAUAACUACCUGGCCAUGGAAGUGGCCUGCACCUUGAACUGUCCCCGAUCCAACAAGGAAGUCAUCAUCAAGCAGCCGGAUGGCACUGAGACGCAGAAAUGCGAAAAGUGUGAAGCUGACUGCGCCAAAGAUUGCUACAGCCUGGGCAUGGACAACCUGGGCGUCGUGGACAACCACAGCGUUACCGUGGUAACGUCUGCCAACGUGGGUCAGUUCACCAAGUGUUCCAAGAUCUUCGGAAGCCUGGCUUUCCGCGCCCAGAGCUUCGCAAGGGACCCUGUGACCAACUCAUCCGGCCUGACCUUGGAGCAGCUGAAAGGCUUCAGGAAGCUGGAGGAGAUUGCAGGUUAUUUGUACAUCGACGCCUGGCCGGAGGAAUGGAGCAACCUUUCAGUGUUUGAGAACCUCAAGGUGAUCAGAGGCAGGAUGCUCUACAUGUAAUUCUCAAGAUUUGCUGAYAUGAUAUUAAGCCAACAGAAAUCGCAUAUUAAAAGGUGUUAUGUGCUUCAUUUGCUGUUUGUAUUUCCAGAGAAGGAGAGGCUUGUUUGCCAUCCGCUGUGUGAGGGGGGCUGCUGGGGCCCGGGGCCCGGCCAGUGCGUGUCAUGCAAGACGUUCCAGCGAGGCACCGUGUGUGUGGAGCAGUGUGACUAUCAGGGAGCUGUUCCUGAAUACGUUGAUGGGUCUUUGUGCAAAACCUGUCAUGAUGAGUGUCGACCUCUGAACGCCUCUGCAUCCUGCCACGGCCCGGUAAGACGCCAUACUGUACAACACCACAACAUACCACUGUUUACCAAACAGCAUGGCAGUGAACUUUUCCUAAACGUCUCCUCUCUGUUUAGUUCGGGCACAACCGUCGCUGCUGCAGUCGGUGGAGUCGCACUCUUCCUCAUCUUGCUGGGUCUGCUGGUCUUUUAUCUGAAGAGACAGACGAAAAUGAAGAGGAAGGAGACCAUGAGGAGGUACCUGCAGGAGCAGGAGCUGGUGGAGCCGUUGACGCCGAGCGGCGCGUCUCCGAACCAGGCUCAGAUGCGAAUCCUGAAAGAGACGGAGUUGAAAAAGCUCAGGCCUCUGGGUGCAGGGGCCUUUGGGACUGUCUAUAARGGGGUGUGGGCUCCAGAAGGAGAACACAUAACAAUACCGGUGGCCAUUAAAGUCUUGAGAGAGAACACCUCACCGAAAGGCAACAAAGACAUUCUUGAUGGGAUGAAUUAUCUGGAGGACAUUCGGUUGGUCCACAGAGAUCUGGCCGCCCGCAACGUUCUGGUGAAGAACCCAAACCAUGUGAAGAUCACCGACUUCGGCCUGGCCCGUCUGCUGGACAUAGACGAGACGGAGUAUCACGCCGAUGGAGGAAAGGUGCCGAUUAAAUGGAUGGCUUUGGAGUCUAUUCUGCACAGGAAGUUCACCCAUCAGAGUGACGUCUGGAGCUAUGGGGUGACGGUUUGGGAGCUGAUGACGUUCGGCUCCAAGCCGUAYGACACCAUUGCAGCGAGGGAGAUCCCAGAUCUGCUGGAGGGAGGAGAGCGGCUUCCUCAGCCCCCGAUCUGCACCAUAGAYGUCUACAUGAUCAUGGUCAAAUGYUGGAUGAUUGAUCCAGACAGCAGGCCCAAGUUCAAAGAUCUGGUUCAGGACCUCAGCGCCAUGGCGAGAGAUCCGUCUCGCUACUUGGUCAUUCAGAACGACGACCAGAUGAGCUCCUGCAGCCCGGUGGACAGCCAGUUCUACCGGAUGCUUCUGGAGGAAGGCGAGAACAUGGGGGACAUGAUGGACGCCGAGGAGUACCUGGUACCKCAGCCCAACCUGUUCCCCAGAACCAGGGCCGACGAGGCCCAGGCCAACGGGCCGACCCGCCACCAGUCCUACCGGCAGAGCAAAGAUCUGGAUGUUGAGCCCUUGGCCGCUGGCGGACCUCAGAGCAUGUACUCGUCUCUGAGUACUUUGGGCCGCAGCCAGUGCCCCACCCUGCCAGUGGGAGCCAACAUGUCCAACGGCCUGUGGCCCCAGUUGGCUCGGACCACUUCAGCAGGAGGCCAGUCUGACUCCGUCUUCUUGGAUGCGACUCCAGACGGACAUUUCUUAUCGCCGUCCAGYCCUGGACGCUACUGCAAAGACCCCACMUACCCCAGAGGGAGCCAGUGUGACCUGGAAACUGAUGAGACGGACGGCUUCCAUCAUCCUAAUCACCUCCAUCACUCCCUGCCCAGGAGGAGUCACGCCCACAGUCAGAGGCCAUCUAUGCCAGAGUACGUCAACCAGGAGAUGCUGGAUCCCAGACCGGCGAUCCCUGAGCGACCCACUACGCUCCCACGCAAAGGCUCCAGAGUGGAGCGACGGCUCCCCAACGGCCUCGGGUCCGGCCACAGCGUUGAGAACCCAGGGUACCUAAUCCCCGUCAACUCCGCCUGCCCCGCCUUCGACAACCCGUACUACCUGGACCUCGGGGACAAAGCCAACGUCGCUCCGCCGGGAGCGGCGGGAGACGGCGCCGCAACUCAGGAGAGCAACGGAAACAUCACCAGGCACGUCAACGGGUUCGUCACCCCCACUGCGGAAAACCCAGAGUAUCUCGGACUUGCAGACACCUGGACUGGUCACACUUGAGGAGGAGGAGCAGGAACUGUAGGAGUUGCAGAUCGAGUUCUUCUAAUGGAGGAAUGAGAGAAAGGGAAGCCGGUUUGUUUUGUGACGGAUCUGAGUGGGGUCUUUGUUUGAAUGUGAGCACAUCGAUUUGAGGCCGACUAUCAGAAAACUCACUGUUGACUCCAGCACAGUGUAGCAUUAAUAUGGUGUCUGUGACACCGUGUGAAUUCAUCAGCAGYUUGGGACGCUUCGGUGAAAAACUCAUCCCAGUACGACRAGAGUCUGACGAUCAGAGAACCAUUUGACUGUUUUUCAGUUUUUCUUCACCGUUUAAUUAACAUUCAGAGUUUUUUCCACUACAUAUGAAGUAGGUUUUGUAUUUUUUUUUCUCAACUGCCACAGACAAAACAACCCAAGAUGCGCAUUGAGGAUGGUGUUUAGUAUUCUGGUCACAUUGGACGAAGGUCUCUAGUGCCCUCAAAGCCAUUUUGUCUCAAACAGAGAAGGCCCCUGCAGCCCAUCUGGCCUUUGGGUUUGCUCCCUGAAAGAAAGGCGUCCUGUAUGGCGAAGACAGCAGCUUUGUGCCGCUCUGAUGUAUCGGACCGCAGCUACUCUGUGGGCUCCGAGUAGACUUCAUAAGCUAAUGCAUGUUAAAGUCAACACUUUCC